UCAGCGUUAUAAUUUAUUAAAAUAAAAACAGUAAAAUAAUUAAGUGUACAAACCGGUGCUGAGCGGCUCUCAAUAAGGAUGGGCGGCAACCAGCGGUAACUCAGAACAAAGCAGCAGCGCUUAUUGACAUAUGAAUACUAAGGGAAAGGUUCUUAUCUGUUGCGACAGACUGGCGACCUGUCCAGGGUGACCCCGCCUCUCGCCCGGUAUGCUAGCUGGAGAUGGGCACCAGCAACCCUCCCGACCCCACUGAGGGACAAGGRUGUAAGAAAAUGGAUGGAUGGAGGUUCUUAUCUGGUGUAGUGAAGAAACUAUGAAACAUGUUGCGGGAUGUAGGAGUUACGAAUCAGAGGACGAUAUUAGCAAUGGAUAUACGGAAAACUGGAAUACUGAUAUUGUAUUUGUUUCAUUUAGAUGAACUGGAAGAAAAGAUUUUACGUUUUUUAAAGAACUGGCUGUAUGAGAAAUCUUUAGAUGUGAUGAUCGUAUGAUCCACAAGGUGGCGGUAAUGCAAUUACAUGAAUGCCGACGGUCAUAAAAUCCCAACGAAGAAGAGGAAGAAGAAAAAGACAAAGAAGACGGCGCGUGGUCUGUUGUGUUGAAUGUUCGAGUUUCUCUAAAAAUAUCUUCAGUCCAGCUUGAACCAGUUUAUGAACAAGUGGUUAACUGCUGCUGAAGAAACUUUCACAGAGUUUAAAGAAAUAACCGUAUUAUCCAGAAGGUGGCGGUAAGGCCACCUUAUGAAUGCCGACAGUCAAAACAUCCCAAAGAAGAAGAACCGGAAGAGGAGGAAUAAGAACGAUAAAAUGGCGCCUGGUGUGUUUUGUUGAAUAUUCGAGAUUUUUACUGAAUGAGUUUCUCAGCAAGCGGUUAAUCCUGUUGAAGAAACUUUCACAAAGUUUAAAUAAAUCAUCGUCAAGUCGGAGGAAGAGAUGGAUGAUCAGCGCAGACUGCUGGAUUUCUCCCGGACUCCCCGGAUAAUCUUACAUCGAAUAGGUCACCUACAACGUUACAUUUAUGAGGAGGAGCUUUGUAACCAGGAGAGGAGCUCAAUUCGGGACCAGGAGGAGUUAGAACCUCUGCAGGUGAAACAAGAACAUGAAGAGCAGGAGGAUCUAGAACACCAGCAGAUAAAAGAAGAGCAUGAAGAUCUAGAACACCAGCAGAUAAAAGAAGAGCAUGAGGAUCUAAAACAUCAGCAGAUAAAAGAAGAGCAGGAGGCUCUUGAACACCAGCAGAUAAAUCAGCAGAUAAAAGAAGAGCAGGAGGAUCUAGAACAUCAGCAGAUAAAAGAAGAGCAGGAGGAUCUAGAACAUCAGCAGAUAAAAGAAGAGCAGGAGGAUCUAGAACAUGAGAUAAAAGAAGAGCGGGAGGAUCUAGAACAUCAUCAGAUAAAAGUGGAAGAGAAAGAAGUUUACUGCAGUCAAGGUGAAGAACAGGUUGAGUUAAAACAGGAGACUGAUACCUACCUGGUGGUUCCUGUUUAUGAACAAACAAACCAAACAGAAUCAGAACCAAACAGGAACCAAGUCAUCAUCAAGGAAGCUGCUGAAGUUGAGAAUCAAAAUCAGAAAAGAAGAAAACCUUUCUCAUGUGUCAUCUGUGAAAAACGUUUUGCUUGCAGAUCUGCUUUUGAUGCUCACAUGAGAACUCAUACAGGUGAAAAGCCUUUUUCAUGUGUGACCUGUGGAAAAUGUUUUAGUCAAAAAUGUAAUUUAACUAAGCACAAGAGGAUUCACACUGAUGAAAAGCCGUUUUCAUGUGUGACCUGUGGAAAAUGUUUUGAUCAAAAUCAGAAAUUAAUUAACCACAUCAGGAUUCACACUGGAGAAAAACCGUUUUCAUGUGUGGCCUGUGGAAAAUGUUUUAAUCUAAACCAAAAUUUAAUUAAGCACAAGAAGAUUCACACUGGUGAAAAGCCGUUUUCAUGUGAGACUUGUGGAAAAUGUUUUAUGCGAAAACAGGAUUUAACUCAGCACAUGAGAACUCACACAGGUGAAAAGCCGUUUUCAUGUGUCACCUGUGGAAAAUGUUUCCGUCAAAAACAGGUUUUAAUUCAGCACAAGAGGAUUCACACAGGUGAAAAGCCGUUUUCAUGUGUGACCUGUGGAAAAUGUUUCCGUCAAAAACAGGUUUUAAGUCAGCACAAGAUGAUUCACACUGGUGAAAAGCCGUUUUCAUGUGUGACCUGUGGAAAAUAUUUUGGUCAAAAUCAGAAAUUAAUUAACCACAUGAGGAUUCACACUGGUGAAAAGCCAUAGAGGUAUUUUCCACAGUAAAUGGCUUCUAAAUGG